CGCCCCUGUACCUGGCGAAGCCCACCCCUCCAGCUGGACUCCGUCCCCACUAUGUGCUUCCCGUCCCUGUUCUCACAAACCAGUGUCGCCAUGCCCUGCCGCCCCAGCCAACCUCAGGGACCCAGCCAGUAACUUUGCAGACGGAUGAGCUCUGCGCAACGGGAGGAGACGGGGCUGUCCUAGCCCCUGCCCUGUCAGCUUGGACCUCCUCGCAGGGUCCUUCUAGGCUCCCACAGGAACCUGGGCCAUGGGCCCCUGAAACUGCUCUGAAGCCUUCAGAUCGGUGGCAGACCCCACCACCUUAGACCCUUCCUGCCCCUCCCACUUCCAGCAUCUGGGCUCCAGGAGGGAGGGGUGGGGAAGGGGCCCCAGCCUGACAGCUCAAGGGGCCACCAUCAUGAUGCUCAAUUCUGACACCAUGGAUCUGGAACUGCCCCCCACCCACUCGGAGACAGAGUCUAGCUUCAGCGACUGCGGGGGCACUGUAGGCCCCGAUGGGGCAGGGUCUGGGGGGCAGGGUGGGGGCCCUACAAGGGGCCUGGAGUCUGGAGAGCCAGGCCGCAGAGACCUGGCCCAUCUGAGCCGGGAGGAGCGUCGGCGGCGGCGCAGGGCCACAGCCAAGUAUCGCACAGCGCACGCUACCCGCGAGCGCAUCCGUGUGGAGGCCUUCAACCUGGCUUUUGCUGAGCUGAGAAAGUUGCUGCCCACGCUGCCCCCUGACAAGAAGCUCUCCAAGAUUGAGAUCCUGCGCCUGGCCAUCUGCUACAUCUCCUACCUGAACCAUGUGCUGGACGUCUGAGUGCCUGGCAGGGCCCUUCCACCCCAGCACCUGGAAGAGUCUCUCCCUUUUCGUGCUCUCAGCUCUGAAUGGAGCUUGGAGGUGGGGAGGGAGAUCUGGCCCUAAAAGGGGUCUCCUUCCUGCACCCACAUCCUCCAUGGAACCUGAGGUUGGACCAUGGCAUGUCCCAGGUGCAGGUCUCAAGCUCCUCAACAGGGUGGGCAGAGACCCCUCUGAUCAGAACUGGUUGCUGGGGGUGGGGGGCAUACACACUUCUUGCUGGGUUUGCUGAGCUGGCCACAUGAGCUUUCCCCACCCAACCCUUACUCCCAUAGGCUACUUCCUUUUCCUACCUUGCAUCCAAACGUUCAGACCCCCAACCCCCAAGCCCCAUUUUUACCCCCUCUGCCUGUUCCAGCUGCUGCCAGGGCACCCCAUGGCAGAGGGUUUGUCAGAACAGGAGGGGAGGCUCCUGCUGGGGUGAGCCUCUUGCUGGCUAUCUCAGUGUAGAAGGGAGGCUUUGGGGAGCAGGGGCUAGUGGGGCAGUUCCUGUGUGUGUGAUGGUGCUGGUGGAGACCUAACGGGGAAUUAGGGAAGCCUUUCCUGUUUGCAUCUCAUUUGGAGGUUGAGCACAUACACCUCAGAGUUAUGUCUCCACACCCCACCCCUAUGGCCACUGACCCUUCUCUGCCUGCUUCUACCCCUACACCCCAUUGUAGUCUCCUCUGUGUACAGUUAAAGAAAGAGCAAGCCAGAUCCUGGGGUGGAGGUGAUGGCCCCAAGCCAGUUUUGGAGGGAUCACAAGUAGGCCUGGGCAGUGGGGGUCAUGGCUCACCUUUGCUUCUAGACUCUGCCCCCCAUAAUGUACACACCCAAUUAUUAUCUUUUGGAUGCAGGAGUGCCCUAUUCUCAUUCCUUAGGGAGUGGUGCUCAGUCCUUGAGCACCAUUUACUUUCUUCUUCCUUGAACUGUCUUUAGCAAGGGAGGAGCCCCCCCCACACACCCUGUCUUGGGACACUCUGGACCAACCUCCCCCCCCACACACACCAGAUUACUGAGCUCUCCCUGGCACUCUGGCCCUACCAUGUCAGUGCCCAAGACCUGUAUGGAAGAAACAGGCCAUUGCAAGUCUCUCUCCCAACUCCUGGCUCUACAAGGAUAUUAUUUAUUUACUUAUUUAUUAGCUAUUUAUUUGCUUAUUUAUUUAUAAAUGUGAUUAUUUAUUGUCGAGUUGUGCACUUUGGGGUUGAGGGAGGCUCCCGGCAGCUUCAGCUGAGGUUCUCUUGCUUCCUUCCUGGCUACUUCUCUCCUUUUCUUGCUCCUCCUGCAACUCUAAGUCUAUGGGGAAUUGCCCUCUGUUCCCCACACCAGAUCCUCUCUGCUGAGCUUUCUGUCUGGACACCCUAAGCCUGACGAUGAUGGACCCCCUCCAACCAGGGGCACCCAUGUCCUUGCUCAUCGUCGUGCUACCCAAAUAACCCUCCCCCAUGGUCUUCAUUUUUAUCUGAACACCUUAACAAUGAACCAAGGGGUCUGUAUCCUGUGUGCAAGACACUUUAUACCCUGAUCCUGUGGAUUUUUGAUUUCAUACAAGA